GCCUGUUAACCUCAAUUCCUCCCGGUACAGUACAUCCCAGCUCAGCAGCCCAGGAUGAGUCCGACAAGACACCUUCGCACCCUCUAGACGACCCUCCUUUCCGCCUUUGCACUCCUCGGCCGUCGGAGCCAGCGCAAUGGCAGCGGACAUCAAAGCGCAGCCCCCAGCCCCGGCCUCGGCGCCGCCACAACCCCAAGCGCAAACAGCAACGAGCAGCAACAAGAACUACAAGGGCUUCGUCGCCGGCGUCUUUUCGGGGAUCGCUAAGCUAUCCGUCGGCCACCCCUUCGACACAAUCAAAGUCCGCCUGCAAACCACCACAUCCACCCGCUUCUCCGGGCCCUUGCAAUGCCUGCUGCAAACCAUCCGCCACGAGGGGGUCUUCGGCCUCUACAAGGGCGCCACCCCGCCGCUGGUGGGGUGGAUGUUCAUGGACAGCGUGAUGCUGGGCUCGCUGUCCGUCUACCGGCGCCUGCUGCACGAGAACCUGUUCAACCCGCCGUGGCACCCGCUGCACGAACCGGGCAAGCCCCUGCCGGCGCACGGCCACGGCCUCGCGGGGGUCCUGGCCGGCGCGACGGUCAGCUUUGUCGCGGCGCCCGUGGAGCACGUCAAGGCCAGGCUGCAGAUCCAGUAUGCGGCCCGCAAGGCGGAGCGGCUGUACAGCGGGCCGGUGGACUGCGUGAGGAAGAUAUGGAGGUGCCACGGCCUGCGCGGGGUCUAUCACGGCCUGCAGGCGACGCUGCUGUUUAGGAGCUUCUUCUUUUUCUGGUGGGGCAGCUACGACCUGUUGUCGAGCUGGAUGCGGCGGCAUACCAGCCUGAGCGCGCCGGCCAUCAACUUCUGGGCGGGCGGGCUGAGCGCGCAGGUGUUUUGGGUCAUGAGCUACCCGAGCGAUGUGGUCAAGCAGAGGAUCAUGACGGACCCCCUGGGAGGGGGGCUGAACGAUGGGGUCAGGAGGUUCCCCAGGUGGAGGGACGCCGCGAAGGCCGUCUACCGGGAGCAAGGGGCCAUGGGGUACUGGCGCGGGUUCUUGCCCUGUUUUCUCAGGGCGUUCCCUGCCAAUGCGAUGGCGCUCGUUGCGUUUGAGGCGGCGAUGCGGGCGUUGCCGGAAUAAAAUAGGGGGUUCUCUAGCUUGGCGCUUUUUGUCACACACAUGCAUUAUACCCAGGGGAACGGCGAAGAAUGAGAGUCAGAU